CAGCGAUACAACCCAACACCCGCACGCAUCCAUCCACCACCACCCUCUCUCUCUCACGCCGCCCCUCCCUCUCGCGAGAUAGAUAACCCUAGCUCCCCUCCCAUUUCUUCCCCUCCUCUCCAACCCCGAUCCCGAUCUCUAUAAAAGACCCAAAAUUUCGAACUCCCCCCUCGAGCUCGCGACCCGCGCGAUCCUUCCCGCCCAUUUCGGCCUCGAUUUGGCCUGGAUCGGCCCUGAUUUUGGGCAAGGAGCCGUCGGGUUUGGGUGCAGGAUUUUGGGGCAGGGAUUCGGAUGGCCGAGGCGGGGCUGGAGGGCAGCCAGCCGGUGGAUCUGUCCAAGCACCCCUCCGGCAUCGUCCCCACUCUCCAGAAUAUCGUGUCAACAGUUAAUUUGGAUUGUAAACUAGACCUCAAAGCAAUAGCUUUGCAAGCACGCAAUGCGGAAUAUAACCCGAAGCGUUUUGCUGCAGUUAUCAUGAGAAUAAGAGAACCCAAAACCACAGCACUGAUAUUUGCAUCGGGUAAAAUGGUCUGUACUGGAGCGAAGAGUGAACAACAAUCUAAGCUUGCAGCAAGAAAGUAUGCUCGCAUUAUUCAGAAACUUGGUUUUCCAGCUAAAUUUAAGGACUUCAAGAUUCAGAAUAUUGUUGGCUCUUGUGAUGUCAAGUUUCCAAUUAGGCUUGAGGGCCUUGCAUAUUCACAUGGUGCUUUCUCAAGUUAUGAACCAGAACUCUUUCCUGGCCUGAUCUAUCGGAUGAAGCAACCAAAGAUUGUUCUUUUGAUUUUUGUUUCAGGCAAAAUUGUUUUGACUGGAGCAAAGGUGAGAGAGGAGACAUACACUGCCUUUGAAAACAUCUAUCCUGUACUGACAGAGUUCAGAAAAGUUCAGCAAUGAUGACUUGUGGAGGUCACAUGCUCUUAAUUACAAGCUUCCUUGAGGCUCUUCUGUUGCGUGACCGUAAAUUUAAACUGUACACAAAAGUCUGGAGGAGCUUAUAGCAUCUUGUAAUUUACUAAUUUAUGUGAGCUUCGAUGUCUGUUGUGCUUGGGUGGGUUUGUUGUGGGGGCUGGUGGAGACUUACCCAGUUGGUUCAUUUGGGUUGGUCUUAGUGAUCGGAAACGCGUUAUCAUAAAUCUACUUGAGUAGUUUGUGUGCACUGCAGGUAUGUCACAUCUGAUUGCACUGUUAACUGAAGUACUAACAAGAGUAGAGAAAUUUUGCCCUAGUUUUUCUUUGCGGGGACAUAAAACUGUCUUUUCUGAGUAGCUCAGUGUGCUGUGCAAUGAUGAAAAGGAUGGCACUGUAUGUAAUUGGGCAAUCGCUAUGUACUGUAGUAACUUCGUGACUGCUGUCUGUAUUUGAGAUGUUUUUAACGUUUAGGACAGUUCGAAAAAUCCUGUUGACUA